ACGUUCACCUCGGACAAGAACAAACAGCUACAGACGCAACUCGCUCGGUAUAGACAGCGCCGACCCACGGCCUCUUCUGUCAUCACGCCCCUCAGGCGCCACAUUAGCUUCUGCAACGGUGCUGCCCCCCGGUAAGCGCCGCCUCCACUUCAAGCCAGGGCGCGCGCAGUGGAAUGUCAAUGGCCGCCUACAAGACGACCCAAUACCACCAUGAUUCUGACCCGGACGACGACUAUCUCCACCAGACAUACCACUCGCCAAGCCUAGUACGAUCUCAGCUCAACGCCGACCAUUCUGACGACGACGACAUGACGACCAGUGCUGAGCACACGCCCACCACCUUCAGCCACUCGCUAUCGCAUUCGCUCAACCCAAGCCCGACCGGUCUGAUUACUCAAUGGACUGCUGAGCAGGUGGCCGACUGGGUCGCUGCUCUAGGCUUGACUCAGUACGCCGACGCCUUUGUCGACGAGGCCAUUACCGGUCUGGCUCUGGUCGAGAUGCAGCACCACGACUUCAAGGAGAUGGGCAUCAUGAGUGUGGGCCACCGCUUGUCUCUUCUCAGAGGCGUCUACGACAUCAAGAUCAAGCAGAACAUCCCCCUUGACCCGGACCACUACGUACCUUUGUCUGCUGGAGACAACGCUCUGGACAUGACGGCCACUCAGGACGACAUCGCCCGCAUCAUUGAGUCUAUCCGUAUCCGCGACUCACGCAUCCUGUCAGCAGAGAUUGAGCUCAGAACUCUACGCGACCAAUUCGACCGCAUAUCAGAAGAGAACAGGAAGCUGCGAGAGGAUACUCUGCCUGUUAUCAGGAUGGUCAAGGACCGUUCGCAGCUUCCUCCCACUCCAGCAGAAGGACUCGGGACCCCUCCAGCAGACCUCAAGCACGAGAAGAUUGGCAGUGGCUUGUCGCGCAAGUUUUCGACCAAGAAACUCUUCCUUGGAGGCGCUCCCAAGAACACAUCGCCCACCAUACGCGAAUCGUCUACCUUGGACCCGUCCGCUGCUGCAAUGGCAGCUACAUCCCACUUGAACCCCUCGCAUCCUCAGAACUCGCCAAACCAGCUUUCCCAGCCAUCACCUACAUCUCCUGCAUACACUUCUUCGGCGCAAGCAAUGUCCGCUGGCAAUCGUUCCUUCCCACGCGAUGUACCUCCCUCGGCUCGGCCUUCGUAUAUCGAGGACCCGCGUCAAUCCCACGUCUCGCAAGCACCUUCGACAGCGGCUCCUCCGACUCGUCGCACCGCAGCAACACCGGCACCCCAACAAGAAGACCCGCCGAACAGCGCUCCACUUCCACGAUCUUCUCGUGAAAAGGACAAUCCACAAGUCGAGAUCUUCAAGUCUUUCCGCGUGAGCAUCGAAGACCCUUGUCACAAGGUCCUACCCGUGGCUUUGCAACGCUACAACAUCAACGAUGACUGGCGCCAAUACUCCCUCUACAUUGUCUAUGGCGAUCAAGAACGCUGUUUGGGUCUGGAAGAAAAGCCACUCAUGCUCUUCAAACAGCUUGAACGAGAAGGUGGUAAACCCAUGUUCAUGCUUCGCAAACACGCUGCUCCUGUUGGUGAAGGCUGGUCUGCCAAUCGUACUGUUCCCGCUCCUGAGAUGCAGAAUCUAGGUCCUAGCAGAGAAAGUGUGAGGAGAGAGAAUGCAGACAACGGCCGUGCGUUACCUGGAGGUGUGCUCUAGGCGAGUACGCCUCUUGCUAGGCUAAUGCAGGAUCUAGUCGGCU